GGGGAGAAAAAGGAAAAAAAUAAAAUCUUUAAAAAAAAAAAGAAAGAAAGAAGUGGACUGCAAGUGAGAUUAGCUUGACACAGGAAGCAUGUGACUCCUGUGUGGGGCACAAGAGGCCAGCGUCUAACAUUCACAGAACUGCUGACAGCCACAGCACAAGUGCCAGUACAGCCCAUCCAGCAGUCACCUUUCCGGGUGGAUGCACAGGACCUCAGGCAGCCCCACGUCCCUACCAGUCACUCCGCUUCCCAGACAACAGACGGCCCUCAGCUGUUCCCUGUGAGCCCGUGGAUAUCACUCAAGAUGUCCCCUUGUGGUUGCUGGGGCCUGCCGGUGGUCCUCCUCGCCCUGCUCUGCUGCCCAGGGUCUUGUGAGACGGCGUUUGAGGUAUACGUGCAGUCAGAGGUGCUGACGGUGGAAUCCGGAAUGACCUGGAAGGUCAACUGCAGUACCAACUGCACCGAGCCUGAGAUGGGUGGCCUGGAGACCAGCCUAACCAAGAAUCUGCUGGAUGAACAAGCUCAGUGGAAGCAGUUCUUGGUCUCCAAUGUCUCCCAAGACAUUGACUUGCAUUGCUACUUCAUCUGCUCCGGGGAACAGCAGUUAAAGACUCUGAACAUCGGCACGUCCUACCUUCUGGAGCAGGUGCUGCUGAAGCUGCAGCCCACUCGGGUGGCUGUGGGCACAUGGUUCACCAUCGAGUGUAGGGUGCCCGCUGUGGAAGCCUUUGAGAGCCUAACCCUCAUCUUGCUCCGUGGUAAAGAGACUCUGCACAGAAAAACCUUCGAGAAGACACCAGGCCCCCAAGAGGCCGUAGCCACGUACCAGAGGCUAGCUCACAGGAACGACAGCCACCACAACUUCUCCUGCAGAGCCGAACUGUCCCUGCAUUCUCACAGCAGGGAGGUGAUUUUCCGUAUCUCAGAGCCCCGGAUGCUUGACGUCUACGGUGGGGAAACUGAGGCUCAAAGAGGUUGAGCAACUUGUCCAAGAUCACCCAGCUAAUAAGUGGCCAAACAGAGACUGGAAGAAUCCAGGUGUGACUCCAGAGCUGGGGUGGGAGUCCAGAAGCCGCCCUUGGCCUCUCUCCCAGCCCCUGGACCCACCACCGUCCCAUCAGUGAGGGGGCACUCAUCCCCGGGGCCACCUGGGUGUUAGGGGCAGCAGCAGCUCCUGCCAGCCUGGAUGGUGGACACACCCCCCACCUCCUCCAAGCAUCAAAAUCCUACCUGGCUUUCAACGCUGAUUCUAAGGCCACCUGCUCCUCCUAAGAGGCUUUCCACACCUCCCAACCAGGUGUGUACUCACGUUUUGUACCUCUCCGUGUGCCAGACACAGCCAAAGCCACUUUGUAUUCAGA